ACAUUCGAAAAUAAUUUUAUUGCAGAUUGACUCACAAUUUUGAUAAUUUUCUAAUAAAAUAUUAAAAUCUGCAAUGGAAUUAGAAAAGAUUAAAUCAUUUUGUCAAUUUUGUAUGCAGGAACAAAUGAAUAUAAAGCCGAUGAUACCAAUUAAUAAAGAAUUAAAGCAAAACUUUUUUGAGUUAACGCGAUACAAGCUCAACACUAAAAGAUAUAGUGAAUUCAUCUGUUGUGAGCCUUGUUUAAAAGAAUUCGAGUCAGUGAUAGCAUACCGAGAGACUUUAUUAAAGAAUCAAAAAGUGUUAAAAGAUUUAUAUGCAAAAUCAUCAACUAAAUCAUCAUUGAGCAUUGAAAAAAUUGUGAAAAAUGAUGAAGAAAUUGAAAACGAACAAGAUGUUAGUCAAGUUUUCGAUAUUGAAAUAUGCUCUAAAGAAUUUGUUGACACUGAAGCAUUAGUUGUUUGUGAAAAUUGUCAUGAAGAACUCAAUGAAAGCUCUCUUGAUCAUCACGUUUGUCCACCAAUGAAAGUAGAAGAGUUAGAAGAAAGUUACGAAGAGUUUCUUGAAGAUUAUGAUGUUUUAGAAAAUGAAGAUUCUGAUACAAAGAAAAAGAAAUAUGCAAAGAAGAGAUUAAAAGAUCCAAUCACAUGUCCAAAGUGCAACAGAUUAUUUUACUACAAAGCUUACUUUCAAUUUCACUACAAAGAUGUUCAUAGUGAAGAUCGAGAAGAAAUUUGUCAGUUCUGUGGAAAACUAUUUAAGAACAGUCGAAGAUUAAAUUCUCACAUUCUUAUUCAUCAAAAUGAUUCUGAAAAGAAACAUAAAUGUGAUAAAUGUUCGAGGCAAUUCAAUUUUUCGGGAGAUUUGACAAGACAUAAGAGAGUUCAUGAAAAUGUUAAACCAUACAAGUGUCACCUUUGUCCAAAAUCUUUUAUCCAAUCUUAUGCUUUGAAACUUCACAUCAAUGUGCACAAUAACGUUCGAUACACUUGCGACUUAUGUGCUGCACAUUUUGGUGGUAAACCAACACUCAAAAAACACAUGAUUAAAUGUUCAAAUGGUGUUGCUGUCAAAAGAUCAGCCAGAUCAAAUGCAGUUGAGCGAGACAGAUAUAAAUGUUUAGUCGAAGCUUGUAAAAAACAAUUUUCAUCACGAAAAUAUUUAGGAAUUCAUUUGGAAAAAGUUCAUGACAUGAAAUUUGAAUGUUUCGAAUUGACUUGUCUUGAAUGCCAAUUGGUAUUUGAAACAACUGGAGAAUAUUCGAUUCAUGUGAAGACACAUAGCUGCAACUUUGUCUGCGAUCUUUGUAAGCUUCGAUUCCGAACCGAUGCCAAACUUCAAGCACAUAUCAAGAAGUUACACAAAGAAGGUGACGAUCGUCCAUUUAUUUGUCCCGAAGUUGAUUGUGGUGCGAGAUUUAAAAGAGCUGAACAUUUAAAGGGUCAUCAGCUUUAUAAACAUUCAGAUGAACGCAAAUUUGAAUGUAAUCUUUGUGACUUAAAGUUUCGACAGCGUGGAGAGUUCAAUAUUCACAUGAGAGUUCACAUGAAUUCAAAGCCAUUUGCUUGUUGGCAAUGCAACUUUGUCUGCACAACGUCUUCAAAUCUACGCCAACAUAUGUCGCUCGUUCAUAACGAAACUUGCAUUUAUUUGUGUAAGAUUUGUCAUCAGACAUUCAAGUACAACACAGAUUUAACGCAGCAUAAAAAAGAGCAUUCAGCGACGACGACGACGACAACUUUUGAAGUUAUUGAAGCAAAUUAAAUAAAAUGUUUUAAUAAAUUUUUUUAUACUUUGAAAAGCUUAUAAACAGAGAUUAUUUUAAAGAUAAAUUAGAUUCCCAGAAGUGUUUGCCUUGAAGCAUUUCAAAAGAUAUUUCAA